CCUGCGCUUGUGUGCGCUGAGAUCGCCUUAUCUGCAUAGGAUAGAAGAGCUUCAUCUGCAAAGUGCUCUCAUCUUAACAGGGCAAAACGAUGGCUUCGUCUGCCCUCACUUCGGUUCCUCUCUCUUCUUCUUCUCUCAAUGUUCCUCAUUCUUCUUCCAAACUCCCUUCCAAUUUUCUAUCUUCUCCCAUUGGCACAUUCUCUCGUGGUCCCAAAUUUCUCUUUGCAGAACCAAGAUACCAUUUUCACCCAAAGGGAAAUGGUUCUAAAUUUUCCAUCGCAGCCCAAACCCUAGACUUCUCCGAUUCGUUCUUCGAAGGGGGUUUCGGCUCCGAAGACGACCCCAAUUCACCAGGCGGAACCGGGUUCACGGCCGUCGAGGAAAAGGAGGAGCCCCCUUGCCCACCCGGCCUUCGACAGUACGAGACAAUGAUGGUUUUGAGGCCCGACAUGACCGAGGAUGAACGACUUGCACUCACCCAGAAGUACGAGGAGAUUCUUGUUGCUGGAGGUGGCAUGUAUGUAGAGGUUUUUAACAGAGGAGUUAUUCCUCUAGCAUAUGGCAUCAAGAAGAAAAACAAAGCUGGGGAGACCAACACUUAUUUGGAUGGCAUCUACCUGCUGUUCACCUACUUCACCAAGCCUGAAUCCGUAAAGCCUCUCGAGGAGACAGUGUUAGCGGAUGAUAAUGUUAUCCGAUCAACGAGUUUCAAAAUUAGGAAGAGGAAAUAUUAGUUUCUUUUCAGGUCUCUGGUAGCUCUUCAAAAAGAUGGUUCACAAAAAGUAAUGUUGUAUUUAUUGUUAUUGUUUUUCCUUUUUCAGUGUCAUUUGGAUUCAAGUAAUUUUGUAUAAUUUAAAGAGAGAUGUAGGUGCUAUCUGUCACUUGCAGUCUGCAAAAUUACCAUGCCCUAUGCAGUUUGCUAUAUGUUGACAAUUAAUUUGUAAAUUUUUUGCUAACAAGUCUACAAAUUUAUAUGCAACUAAUAGAUUUUGA